AUGAUAAAUAAUCUUAAUGAAUAUAUUCAUUAUCUUGGUGAUGACAAAAAUUGCUUUUAUCACAGAAAUAGUUUAAUAUUAUUAGUUUGCGAUAAUUGUUUAACACCAAUUUGUAUAGAAUGCAUGACAAGCAAUCACAAAGGUCAUAGUUUUUCAAAGAUAUCAAAACAUGGAUGCAAAGAAAUAUAUAACGAAAUUUUAGAGCAGUUUCAAACAUUAAAUGACUAUAAAUCAAGUGAUCAAUUUAUUUUGGAUCAAUUAGAUGAAUGUAAAAUAAUAUUAGAAAAUAAUCAUAGAGAUCAGAUAAAACUUGUUACAAACCGCUUUAAAGAGUUACAUGAUUUAUUAUCAAUCAAAGAAAUGAAAAUUGUAAAAGAAUUAGAAUCAUUAUUUAGUGAAAAUCAAACUAUUUAUAUACAAACCAAAACCGAAUUAGAAACAAAUAUAAAAUUUUUAUUAAAGCUAUUAGAGAAAUAUCAUUAUAAUAGUUUAAAUAAAAUCAAAUUCGACAAUCUAUUCAAUAUACAAGAGGGGGAAGACGAGAUAGACGAAGAGUGCGACACUGAAACAAAAAGCGAAAUCAAUAAUGAAUUUAUAUCAAUUUUUAAAGACUACUACUUAUUUAAAACCUAUUCAAGCAAUAAGAAAUAUUCGCAAUUUCAACCCUUUGAAGAGCACAGUGUAGUUUUUAAUCAAGAUGUCAUUGAAGGAUUUAAAGACUCUUUAAAUUUUAUAAUAAAGUAUGAAAAAAAAUUAUUUAAAGAUAAAGAAACUUUAAAGCAUCUAAUGAUAGAUAAACAAUUUAAAUUAAAUGAUAUUAUUUUCAAAUAUGAUAAAGAAUUAAAAAAUAAUAAAAAUUUAAUAAUAAAGAAAUUAAUAUUGAAUGAAAAUAUAAAUUUAAAUAAAGAAGUGGAAAUAAUAAAUAACAUUAAAGAACUAUAUUUAAAUAAUAAAGAAAUUAAAAUCGAAAAAGAUUCACUACCAGAUGGAAUAGAGAAAUUACAUUUAGGAAAAUUAAAAGAGCCAUUAGUAGUGGGAUCUAUUCCUAGGACAGUUAGGUGGUUGUGGUUAGAAGAUGGAUUUAAUCAGCCAAUUACAAGUGGUAUUAUACCAGAUUCAGUUCAUUCAUUGUAUAUAGGGGAUGUGGAAAAAGAAUCUUUUAAUGGAGAAUCAGUUUUUCCAAAUAGUAUUAGGUGGCUAUAUUUUUUAGAUGGUUUUGGUCUUCAGGUUAUAAAUGAUAUCAUACCGAAAUCGGUAGAGUCAAUUCAUUUUUACAACAUUAAAUCAGAGUUAUCCAAAGAUUCUAUACCUAGCAAUUUAAAGAAUUUAUGCUUUAGAGACGGCUUUGAUAAACCCAUACCGAAAUUACCAAACUCAAUAGAAAAGUUACAUAUAUUCAAUAUAAAAAGAGAAGUUUCAUUAGAGUCUUUGCCUCAAUUAGUUAAGUUUCUUUUCUUUUACAAUGGUUUCUCUCAAGUUAUUUCAAAUGAAAUUAUCCCAUCAUCUGUACAUACAUUAUAUUUGGGUGAUAUUAAUUACCCAAUCAAAUCAAUUCCCGCCACAAUAAAGCAUUUGUAUUUAGACCCGGGACCAGAUCAACCAAUGUUACCUGGUAUAAUCGCAGAAUCAGUCUUUUCAUUGUAUCUUUAUAAAAUUAAACAUCCUUUAAUAGCAGGCUCCAUACCAAAAUCAGUAAAAUAUCUUAGAUUAUGCAACGGUUUCAAUCAACCAUUAUUACCCGGUGUAAUUCCUAGUAGUGUUGAAAAGUUAAGCCUAUAUGAUAUUAGAAAACCAUUGUUAUUUUCCUCUAUUCCCAAUUCAGUUAAAGAGCUUUUCCUUUGCAAUAAAUUUUCUCAAGAGUUAACACCUGGAUUAAUACCAAAUAGUGUACAAUCAUUACAUCUUUAUGAUAUAGCGGGUUUAUUGGUCGAUUCAAUUCCAAACAGUGUAGACUGGUUGUUUUUAGAGGAUGGUUUCAAUAUAAAGCUAUUUCCACGAAUAAUACCAAGUUCUGUAAAGCGACUAUCACUAUAUAAUAUAAAGCAACAACUAAUGGUCGGUUCAAUACCUGAAGGUGUCGAGGUUUUGUAUCUGUGUAAUGGUUUCAAUCAAAAUUGGUCCUCUCCAAAUAUUUUACCAAGUACUUUAAAAGAAAUUUAUUACUUUGACGGUUUUAAUGUAGAUUUGUUACCCACAGUUUUAUCAAAAUCUUUAAAAAUAAUAAAAAUUUAG